CCUCUUCACAACGGGUCGACUUGUUUGCUGCUCGGUCACGUCUCUUUUUACUCACUGUUGAUAAGUACUGGACGUAUACUAGCUCGAAAAUGUAUCUGUACUUGCGUCAGUGUUGGCCAAGUCUUCCUCUUCACCAUCCCCAGGAAUCUCUUAUCACACAAAUGUUUCUCAUUGAAGUUUACGAUUGAAAAUUGGUCAUGUGGGUGUCAAAUGUUAGGCUAGCGGCUGAUGCCUACUUGGUGUGUCUUCAUCAUGCCCUCACCACAGAGAAGGAGGAAGUGUUGGGACUUUUAGUUGGAGAAUUUAGUGAGGGCACUGAAGUUGUGUGUGACAUUCAUUCAGCUGUUACUCUUAGGAGGUCUGACAAGAGGAAGGACAGAGUAGAAAUUUCGCCAGAGAUGCUAAUUGAGGCCCAACAGAGAGCUGAACAAAUGUCUGCCUCCAGUGGUCAAGAACUACACAUAGUUGGCUGGUAUCACUCUCACCCUCACAUCACAGUGUGGCCCUCUGACAUUGACUUGCAGACUCAAGCGGGGUAUCAACAGAUGGACAGUCGCUUUAUUGGGCUCAUCUUCUCUGUUUACAAUGAAGAUAAGAAGACAAAGGUUGGUAGUCAUCAAGUAACUUGUUUCCAAGCAACUAACCAAAGCCCCGAAGGAGAACCUCCUCAGUAUGUUCGUUUACCUGUUCCAUUGGAAGUCCGCCCAAGUCCAUUGUUAGCUAUCAACAACCAGCAGGCCUUAGAAAAUCUUUGUUCCACACUUUACGAUGAGCAAAUUGAAGUGCUGCAGUUAUCUCGGCAGCGGGCACACCAGUAUCCCCUGGCCCACUUACACAAUUCUGCAGUGAUGGUGAGGAGUGUGUGUGGUCUGAGCAGACUAGUGUCUGGUCCUCUCGUCUCCACUGUGGAAGAGCGUUUAUGUCUUAUUCAAGGAACUACACAACAAUUGAAACAAGAAGUAGAGUACCUAAAUAACCUCCUUAAACAAAAUAAAGAAGAUAUUCCCACGUAAUAUUGAAUUUCCUGCAUUUGACUGCCAUAUUGUAUUGUACUAUACAUAUAUCUCUUUUGCUAAAUUCACAAAAUAUGUUUUGUUAUUAGCAUUACUGUACUUCCAUUUUGUAUUCUUCAUUGCUGUCUUUUAUAUUCUUUGUAAAAGUGUUAGGUUUUGGUUAUCACAAAAUUCAUAUUCAUAAAUAUUGCCUACAAGAGAGAAUUAUAGAUAAUGCACUGUAUAUUUAGUACAGGUAUUUUUUUUUCCAAAUGUAAUAUUUAAAGGAGUAGUUUACAGUAUUGUGAUAUAGAUAGGGCUCUAUGUUAAAAAGUAGGGGUUGAAAUUUAUAGUUAUUGAGACCAUAAAUUUCUUGUGAACUGAGUUAAUAGCUCUCUUAUAUACUCAUGUAUAAACAUAUCUCAUGUAUAGUUCUGCCCCUGAUGAUUUGAUAAAAAAGCCUGGGGUUUUCACUGUGACUUGUAUAAUUCGACCAUAUAAUUCAGAAAAUACUACAAAUAAUCCUAGACAUAUUUUGUAGCAAGACACCAGGUAAAUGCCAAAGCAUUUUUGCCAUGGCUGCCACCACAGCAGCUGACACUAUUAACAGUGCUACUAACUCUGAAACUGAAUACCCCCACAGUUGCCGACUUCUAUUUAUAAAUUUCGCUAGAUUCGCCCCCAAAAAGUAUCUUUAACUGUGCACUGUAACAUAAAUAUCAUUAAGAGAACAAGAAAAAGCGUAAAAAUUUUAAUUGACGCACAUCUACCCGAAAUUACGAGUUGAAAAAUAACCAUAACAGCUCGGCCUGGUAGAGAGAGAGCUAGGGGGGGUGUGGCUACAGUAAUGAGUCUAAUUGGCAACAAUGCCACCAGUGAUGUAAACAGGUGCAAACAGAAGGAAAAUUAUAUGUAAAUCUUCAUUUUGUAUCGAGCAUUUGUAGAUUUACAGUGGCAUAUUAAGUAAAUGAGGUUUUGCUUUUCAUGUAGCAACAUAAAGAAAGAAUCUAGGCAUAUGGCAGGCAAGCCUAGGUUAAAAGAGCUUACUGGUAAGGUUAGCCUACUGCAAGCAUGUACUGGGUAGUGAUCGUUCACUGUAAAUGACCCACAGAAAUGCAUGAAUUUUAACCCCUCAAAAAUAAUGAGUAUAUUUUUUGACCCCCCUACCUUUUGUUAGAAAAUGUUAUCAUAAAAACUUAAAAAACGGUGCUUGAGUAUAUACAGUAAUAAAUAUUGUACGCCUGCAGAAUAAAAAAAAUUGGUGUAGAUAGAAUAAAACUUUAGUUCUUA